UAGAGAAGUAACGUUGAUAGAAGAAAUAGACAUUUUGCUGCCUGGCAUCAUGAACCCUCUAACAAACAUAAAAAAUGUUCAGAAGAUGAAUGAGAGAGAACUAGAGUUAGGUCUAGUAGGGAAGAAAUCAUGGCAUGACCAGUACAAGGACAGUGCAUGGAUCUUUAUCGGGGGACUUCCCUAUGACCUGACAGAGGGAGAUGUAAUAGCAGUGUUCUCACAAUAUGGCGAAUUGGUGAAUAUCAACUUGGUGAGAGAUGGAAAGACGGGAAAGUCUCGUGGAUUUUGCUUCAUUUGUUAUGAAGAUCAGAGGAGCACUGUACUAGCUGUAGAUAACCUGAAUGGAAUCAAGCUCUUAGGAAGAACCAUUCGUGUAGAUCAUGUGGAAAAUUACAAAGUCCCCAAAGAGCAUGGGGAUGAGGAUGAGGUAACAAAGAAACUGAGGCUGGAGGGGAUUGCCCCCAAAGUAGAGGACGAGGACAGUGAUUCUGAGGAAGAGGAUUAUACUAUACCAGUGAAGAAAAACAAAAAAGAGAAAAAGGCAAAGAAGAAGAAAAAGAAAAAUAAGAUGAAGAAGCAGAAGUCGGACAGUGAUAGUGAAGACUCUAGCAAAAUCAAGAAUAAAAGAAGGAGUGAAAAAUCCCAAAGCACAAAAGAAUUACCUGAUAAAGAACAAACUAAAAAUCAAAGACAACAGUCAUCAAUAGAUAGGAGAAAAGAGAGUGAUAGAGACUUAAAGGAUAGAGAAGGAUCUCCAGUGAGGUAUAGAGAACAAGGUAGGGAUAGAGAUACUGGAUCUUCAUUAGACAGACCCAGAUACAGAGAUGAUAGAUACAGGGACAGAUCACCAAGAGGUAGAGACUUUUCCCCCAGACGAAAAGACAGGGAAUCACCCAGACGGCGAGAACAGUCCCCUCCACACAGAGGGGAUAGAGAAAGAAACAAGGAGUCACCUAGGCGACGAGAGAAUUCUCCUCCGUACAGGAGAGAUAGAGACAGAGAUUAUUCCCCGAAGCCCAGAACUCGAGAUCGAUCUCCAAUUAGACAAGUUAGGGAGUAUUCACCUCGUCGAAGGGACAGGUCCCCCAGGGAUAGAUACAGUGAUAAUUAUAGGGACAGGAGGAGGUGACAGAAAUAGAGGUGACACAGAUAGGAGGAGGUGACCUAGUUAUGAGGAGGUGACUUAGUUUUGAGGAGAUGACUGAGAUAGGAGAUGGUAAUAAAGGACCAUCAACAUACCACACAACACGUACUGAUAUAAACAAGAGGUGGAUCCUAGGGAGUGUUCAUGAGAAGUACGACAAAGACAAAAUUUAUACAUGUAGUAGUCUGUGCAGUAUGAAGACUUAUGAUUUAUUGAAUUUAUAUCUAAGUCAUGUGAGGAAGAAUUAUAUA